AUGGAGAUGGAGAUGGGCGCAGCUGCUGCUCUGCAUGAGCCUCUGAUACAGGGACGGAGCAUGCUUCGGCAGAUGGGAUCACCCAGGAUCCCUGUGGGUAAUGCCACUCUGCUAUGCCACCAUUUCACGCUAAUCGCAAAUAUCCCUGCAGAAAUCGUCUCGAAUGGUGUUGAGCUUAAAGAGACCUUUGGGCCCGAGGAGAGCAGCACAGCCCGUCAUCCGAACUUUCGAAACACCAUAACCCUUGGUUAUCCCAUGAACUUGGCCAAUUUCCAAGGGGGUCAAAGCAUCGAGUGCAGGUGUGGCAGCCACUAUCUCUUCUUCGCGAACUCCGAAAAGUUGGUUGCUGGUGGCCUCCCCCUCCGCCCCUUCGCGCUGAGGUCUUCAGGCCUAAUCCACCUCCCUACCUAUUGGUGGAAGUGGAAUCGAUGA